AUGGUGUCGCAGAACCCGGACGGCCUCGUGCACCUCCUGGCCACCAGCGAGGACGGGAGCCACUCGCCGCAGGUCUUCCGCAUGCGCUGGGACCAGCCCCUGCGCCGGUUCAUGAAGGCCUACGCCACGUUUCGGCAGGCCGGGCCGGAGGCGGAGUUCGUGAUGACCACGCCCAGCCACGAAGGCCGGCUGGACCCGGGUGCCACCGCGAGCGUCUACGGGCUCACGGACGGGGACCAGGUGAUAUUUGCGCCCUGCGGGGCUGCCACGGGUGCGACGCAGAAGGCUCCAGUGCCCGCCCCAGCGGAGACGAGCCCCGCGCAGACGCCCGCGCGCAAGGCUGCGCGGCGGGCCUCUCCCAGCGCCGGCACGCCGGCCCACGGCAAGCUGAAGAAGGCUGGCCAGGACCCGAAGCCGAAGGAGGGGCCAGGCAGGGGCUCCGGCGGCCGCGGCCGCGGCAGGGGGCGCGGGCGGGGCCGCGGCGCCGCCGAGGACGCAGGUGGUGGCGAGCGGCCGCAGCGGAGGCGGCGGCCGCGGCCACAGCAGCUCGCGAGGCCGAGGCCAGCAGAAGGCCGUGGCGCGCAGGGGCAAAGGAGGCGCAGCUGCUCCAGCGAUCGAGGAGGCGGCGGUCGUGGCCGCCGAGCCGGCGGAGAAGGCUUCCCGGUGCUGCGCCCUGGCAGAGCCCGACGUCCCGGGCACCCACAAGCGGACCAUCACCAUCGGGAUGGGCCCGGCCAAGGGCUGGCGCGUGACCGCGUGGCUGAGGGACAAGACCGACACGGGGGAAUUCGACAGCACCGUCCGGUGGCGUAUCACUUCUCCUGA